UUAUGAAUUUCAAAAUGAAAAUAAUUACAGUACACCAAAUGAAGAUGAUUUCAGUGCUUGCUAUAGGUGGGCAUGUGCGGGUGUGCGUGUGCGUGUGUAGGACCGGCUCUUUCAUUUACAUAUCACAUUUGCUGUGAACAUAACUGUUUUGCAAAAAUCAGUAAAACUUUAAAAUACAACUUUCUUAUGUUAUACCACAUUUUUUCUUCGUUUUUCUUAACUAUUUAUUGCAAUCAAUUCAUCAUUAAGAGUUCACUUUAACUUUAAGAAUUUUCGAAUUUUUGUAGGUAGAGGGUCUGUCAAAGACUUGUAAAAAGUAUUUUAUCGAGGAUUGAAGGGGCCGACGGGAAACCAAAACAAGACAUAAUCUGAUAAGUGCAUCAAUAUUGUUGAACCGUACUCUGAGGUUGAACAUUGGUCCUCACUCGACCUUAGUUAUCAGACUCUCAACAAUUAAAAUUUGCUGAAGAUAAUUUUUAGAGGGCUGUUGGUUUCAACAGUAAUCAAACAGUUUGUUCAUCUGACGAGGGACCAUCAAGCUAAGGAGCGGGAAUAUUCUAUUAAAACAUAAUAAUAAACGAAGUGUACGGUGUUCGAAAUUUCUCUCGAGUCAUCACAAAUCAGUCAUAGCAAAGAUGCAUUUAUGGUAUCAUGCAGCAGUUUCGUUGCUUGUCGCGGUCGUUGGUGUGCUGAUGGGGCAGUGUGACGCACAAGAAGGACCCCAGGUUGUACUCCCUGGAACCAACACAAUGCUGACAGGGAUCUACCUAUCCUUCAAUGAAUCUCAAUACCUCAAUGUCGAUACCAGGAUGGAAGCCUUUCUAGGCAUCCCGUUUGCUGAACCACCGGUAGGAGAACUUAGAUUCAAGAAUCCUAUCAAGAUGGUUGACCUACCAAGUACUUACCCCGCUACAUAUGACCGAUCUAUGUGUCCGCAGAUCAGUCCCGUUGAUGAUAUAUCUCUUGUGGGAAGGGAUUUGGAUGAGGAUUGUCUAUAUCUCAGUGUACACACUUCGUCUCCAAGGCCUAAUAACGUGUCUGUUGUGGUCUGGUUACACGGUGGUGGAUAUUCGAUCGGUGCUGGAUCAGACACUGUAUAUGAACCCCUCUCUCUCAUCGCUUUCGCUCCCGACAUCGUCUUCGUCGGGGUCAAUUACCGUCUUGGUGUUUAUGGAUUCAUGACAUCAGGUGACAGUGUAGCCCCUGGUAACUACGGCAUGUAUGAUCAGUUAAUGGCUCUACAGUGGGUGCAUGAAAACAUUGCUGCGUUCGGUGGGGAUCCAGAUAGAGUCACGAUUAUGGGGGAGAGUGCUGGAGCCGGUAGCGUUGGACUUCACCUUUUAUCUCCGUUAAGUGAGGGGCUCUUCCAUCAAGCCAUUAUGGAGAGUGGCAAUGCUCUCUGUCCUUGGGCAGUUGAUACGAAUAUAGAACGACAGGUUGGGUUCACCCGAGAAAUAGCAACCAUGGUGAACUGUACGGAGGACGAUUCUGAAGCCAUGAUGACAUGUCUUAGAGGAGUUGAAGAGAAAGAUCUGACAAGGGCACAGAUAAUGAUGACAGCACAGUAUCUCACAAACGCGGAACUGUUGUAUGCACCCGUUGUAGAUGGUGCUUUCCUACCGGACAUCCCGAUGGAGAUCGUUAGGAGACGUGGGUUCAGCAAGGUUCCAACUUUGAUCGGUACGAACGAAGAUGAAGGAACUUUGAUAGCGCUUAAAGUUUACCCAUCAUAUGUAGCAAGACAAAUACCACCAGAAAUGUCUCUAAGUGAAUUCAAGGAACUGAUACCAAUUUAUCUUUUCUAUUACUCGCCGAUGCUGGCUUUAGCAGUAGAGCAAUGGUACGUUGACUGGACAAAGGCAGAUGACCCGUCAGAAAGCCAUCUCAGCUCAUUUGUCAAUUGGAACACAGAUCAGACAUUUGCUUGUCCAACUGAAGCUAUGGCUCGAGCGAUGGCAGAUACUGGAGUACCGGUGUACCGUUACGAGAUGACGCAUGAUCCAUCCCAGUCUAUAAUAGCUGGGAUACCAGGGUGGCUCGGUGCCGGUCAUGCCGAGGAACUGCAAUUCGUCUUUGGCUGGGCAUUCAGCCCAAAUCUUUCUAAUAUAGUAAGGGGACAGACUGAAGAGGAAAAAGAGAUGACCGUACAGUUUAUGCGCUACUGGACUAAUUUUAUUAGAACCGGUGACCCAAACACACCGGAUUCAGACGAAAAUUAUCCCGAAUGGCCCCGGUUUACCGUACCAGAGCUAGAAUACAAGAAGUUGUCAUUAACCAUGGAAAACGACCAAGCAAUGAGAAUGGAUACUUGUUCGUUUUGGCUUAACCACGCCCCUAGUCUCUAUAAUUAUGGAAACUCUGAUGAUCUGUAUGAAGAAUGGAGACAAGAGUAUGCAGAAUGGAAGAAUGUCCAUAUGCCAGAGUGGUCAGAAGAAUUUGAAAACUACAAGGAAAACUCAGACUGUAAUUCUCCUUAAACUAUAGGGUUAGCGACACCAAACCGAAUUCUCCCGAAUAAAUUCGGACCGAUUCUGCCCGAGUACGGCCUGAUUCGGAUGGUUUCGGUGAAUUCGAACGUUCCCGAAUCCCUUCCGACCUUUCUCGCAUUCGCGGAGGGAGAACAGAAUAUUCACGAAACCACCCGAAUACGUGCAUUCGGAUGAAUUCGCAGCUGUUCAAUUCCGGUGUAACCCUAGCUUUAAAUGAUUGUCGAGAGUGAGAAUUAGACAAACGAGGAGGAGAAAAUCGAUCACGAUUCCAGAUGUUUUGUGAUUCUGAUGAUUCUUUAAGGAAUUAUGGGAGGAAGACCAGCUACCGAUAUUUACAAAAAUUUUCCCUUUUCAGGCAUCGAAAAAUUAGUUGCGAUGUAUUUAUUUUCAGACAUGUUAUAGCUGCUUUAUCUUAAAUCUAUAAGAUCUUGUUCAUGUCGUUGCCUCAUUUCGGUAAGUUCUGUUUAAAAGAAGUUCUGCAACUUUCCGUCUUUCAUGCAGGAUAUGCCAACUUCGUCAAAAGUUUAAGAACUAGUUUGAAUUCAGCAAUGUUGCUAAUGAUUCUCAUUAUGGUGUUGGGUCGA